AACAACUUGAGGGUGAGUAAACGAUGACAGAACUUACAUUUUUGUGACUUGUCUAGUUAAAUAAAGGUUAAUAAUGUUUUUCCUGAAUAUAGGCACGAUUGCCAGUUUAAUAGAAUCAAUAUCAAACAAAGCUAUAUUUUAUUAAGUACCAAAUGUGUAUGAUGUACUUCUGUGGAACUCAAAUGAACGUGUUUUAGUAUGUGAACAAUAUUUUCAGUUCUGAGACUCUUGUUUUCCUUUUUUUGUUCAAUAAUAGGCAUGUUCCAUAUUGUUUCUUUUUUGGAAACAAAUGAGGUGGAAGUGGUGCCCAGCGGUUGGGUAGAUGGUGACCAAUGUGUCUGGCCACACCUAAGAGGGGAGAGCCUCACAAAGGCUGUGAAACUUGCAAUGAAACCCAAGAAAGAGUGGAAAAUCUUUAAAGUAAAGCUUCUCUACACAACAGACAACUAUGAUGAUGCCAGGAAAAAGCUCCCUGAAGCAGAACUCUUCUCUGACAUUCAAUCUGAUACAGAGAGUGGGGUUAAAAAACCUAGACGAAUUAUGAAGAGCUUUAGACUUCAAAACUUUAAACUUUUGAGUGACGAUGAUGAUGAUAAUGAAGGGCAAAAUUUGAAAGGCCUGGAACCACCGCCUCGUAUUAAGCCACCAGCAUUUCAAACAUUUCAUCAGUCAACUCAAAGCCCCUCUACAGCAAGACAGCAGCCUCCUCUCUGCCAGACAUCUAGUCAGCCACCAGCAAGUGACCAAUCUGCUUUCUACCAUCCAGCUAUUCAGCCACCAGCAUGUGACCUAUCACCUCUUUACCAGCCAGCAAGUCAGCGACCAGCAAGUGACCAAUCCCCUUUCCACCAGCCAGCUAGUCAGCCACCAGCAAGUGACCAAUCCCCUUUCUACCAGCCAGCAAGUCAGCCACCAACAAGUGACCAAUCCCCGUUCUACAAGCCAGCUAGUCAGCAGCCAGCAUGGAGCCAACCACCUCUCCAACAGCUAGCUAGUCAGCCAUUGCCAAAUCACCAACCAUCUCUCUUCCAGCCAAAUAGCCAGUCAAGUUUAGAUUACUUGCAGCCAGCAGGCUCAGAAUCUGGCAUAAGGAGAAACCAAGCACUACAAAUUUUGCUAAGGGAGAUAUUGACAAAACAAGAAAUGAUUCUAGACCAGCAAAAUACAAUUAUGAGAAUCCUACAGUCAACACAUCGCCCAAGGCCUGAUGUCCAUGAUGGGGCCAAGUUCAGAGAUCGUCUUCCUGUCAAAGAUGUAGAGUCUCUCCAGUGCCUGGAGCCUGAGCUGAAGAUGAACCCUGAUUCUAAAUCAGAAUUGACUACCUAUCUGGGUCUGGUUGGUGGCUUUGACCUGAAAGACACCGUGUGGAGAGUGCUGAAAGCCACUUUUACAACUGCUGUGGCACGUGGUAUGAAUUGGAGAGGAGUCAAUGGGAAGAUUGGUGUCCAACGCCUGGUCAUAACGGAAGUUGUCAUUGGUGCAGUCAGGCAGAAUCUCCUUUCUGCAAAAGCCUCAAAUAAAGAGAUCGAAACCAACAUAAUUAAAUGGUUGCACCUCGCUGGAGACCGAGAGGGGGGUAGGAGGGAGCGAAUGAAUAAAAGAGAGGCCCAACAAAACACUGCCGACCCUCAUUAGGCACAUCAUCAAAAGCAAAUUCAAGUUCUCUACAAGUUACUCUGAUUUUUUGUAUUUUCUUCUGUGAUUUUUAUUUUAUUUUAUAUUUUUAUGAGUUUAAUACAUUCUUAAAUGUAUUCUUAUGUUUAUACUCUUAAAGCUGUGAUG